UGGCACUUCUUUCGCCGCAAAUUUCAGCAGCAAAUUUCGAAGUUUGGCCAAUGCUCAAUACCCUGCCAAUGUGCCACAAACAGUCCAAAAACAUUUUUUCUUCACUGUAGGACUUGGAAGCAAUCCAUGCCAGAAAAACCAAACUUGUCAAGGGCCUAAUGGAACAAAAUUUGCAGCUUCUGUAAACAACAUUUCCUUUGUUUUGCCCACAACAGCACUCCUCCAAACCCACUUCUUUGGCCAAUCCAAUGGCGUUUAUACUACCGAUUUUCCGAGCUUUCCUGUCGUUGCUUUCAAUUAUACGGGCACGCCUCCAAACAACACCAUGGUGGCCAACGGCACCAAGGUGGUGGUGCUACCAUUUAACACCACCGUGGAGCUAGUGCUGCAGGAUACCAGCAUUCUUGGUGCCGAAAGCCACCCUCUCCAUCUUCAUGGCUAUAACUUCUUUGUUGUGGGCCAAGGGUUUGGAAACUUUGAUUCUAAAAAGGACCCCACAAGAUUUAACCUUGUGGACCCCGUUGAAAGAAACACUGUUGGUGUGCCGUCCGGUGGAUGGGUGGCCAUUCGGUUCAGCGCUGACAACCCAGGUGUUUGGUUCAUGCACUGCCACUUUGAAGUUCAUCUGAGCUGGGGGUUGAAGAUGGCUUGGAUAGUCAUGGACGGGAAGCUCCCCAAUCAGAAGCUGCCUCCUCCACCAUCCGAUCUUCCCAAGUGUUGACCGUUGAUUUUGCCUCAUCCGCUAGAAUGUCUGUCGUGCUGUGACUUCCUUGUUUAACUUAUUUGAU